UGCCCCUGGUCCCUCUCCGCCGAGCGCCGGCCCCCGCCCCCGCUGCACGCGCCCUCUCUUUGUUCCUUCUCCCGCCGCCCCCAGGAUGUCGAAGAAGCCCGAGAAGGAGGCUCCGGUAGAGGUCGGGGCCAAGGUGAGAAGGUCAGACCGAGAAGACCCCGGGGCAAGCCCGCUGCCGCCACAGGAGCGCCGGGCGGACUUGAAAGAAAAGAAGGAGAAACAUGAGGAGAAGUCUGUCCACAAAGAAAAGAAAGAGAUAAUAGAGGAUGAUGAAAAUGGAGCCGAGGAGGAGGAGGAUGACGAAGAUGCAAAUCCUGAGGAAGAUGAUGAAGACGAUGAAGAAGAUGAAGAUGAUGAGAAUGAACAGGAACCAGACUCACAUGCCGUAAAACGAUCUGCAGAGAAGAAGCAGGAAGAGGAUGAAGUGGACCCAAAGAGAAAGAAAACAGAAAAUGGCUCUUCAGCUUGAUUUCUUCCCCUUCACCCCCACCUUGUUUGCUACCGUCCCUUUGUCCUCAUACCUUCAUUCCUCCAUCAGUACAAGCACCUGUUUCAGUGCUACCAGCUGCAGAUGAGGAAGAGAAGGAGUUAAAUGUGCUUUCUGGCAAAAGCAGAGGAAGCUGAAGAAAGCUUUCCUCCAGCCCCCAAAUCUGUUCCAUAUUACAGUGCUCCCUGUGGUUUCAUAAGUCCCAAACUGCUGAUUCUCCUUCCACCCUCCAUUUUAAAUAACCCCAAUACCUAGAAACAUUGCUUCCUCCUUCCUGUUCUCAAGCACCCUCUUGCACUUGCUGCCUGAGAUCUUCACAUGCCUCUGCUUUCAGCACCUCUUCUGCCCUAGACAAGCUUCCCCCCCUUUUCCCCUUCUUUCUUCAACUCUUUACAGAAUUCCACAAAAGUGGAAAAUUUAUGGUGCUGAAAGGGUUAAAUCAAAUCUGGGGUACAGGAAGUUGAGGGGCACGGAAUCUUACAGUGAUGUGUUCCUGUCCUGUGCCUUCUUCCUUUCCAUAGCUGGGAAAAGGCAAAAAUAUAUAUUAAAAAUGCAGUGACGUGUUUAAAUAAAAUUGACAGUUUUUAAUUGAUAACAUUUUGUACAAAUUUACAUGGCAGCAAGCUGGAUCUGGUAAACUUCUUUUCUUCCAGAAGACACAGCUUGUUUUUAAUGUGUACUAUGUGAUCCAGUGUGUUCUCCCCAUUUGGGUGUGCGUGUGUGUGUUUCUUAAUUAGGGACCAAAUUUUGAUUUCUCCCUUGUUCCCUUCAGGUUCUUUGGUUGUUUUCCUUUGUAAAUUAAAGCAGACCCAUCUGCAGUAUUUUCUAUGGCACAAACAUUAUGAGGAUGAGAAAUAUAAAUUAUAUAUUGUUUAGCACUGUAAAUAAAAACCUUUCAAAAAGA